GACGCUGCGGUCCGGGUCUGAUCGUCGGUCACCAGCUACCCAGUGCCAUCUGCCCGUGGGUGAGAGAGGGCGAUCGGCCCGUGAAUGGAGCUCGGGCAGCUGGGCUGAGAAAGGGCCGUACAUCGUGAGGAGGAGGGACGGUGGGUGAAAAGGAGGAGAUUCUACCUGUUACCUGAAGUUACUCUAAAGGACUCCUUUGUACAAUGGCGGAAGCAGUAUUUCAAGCACCAAAAAGAAAGAGAAGAGUGUACGAGUCUUAUGAAGCACCUUUUCCCUUGUUAACUGAAGAAGGGACCAUUUCAAAUGAGCAAGAACAUCAUUAUGCUGAAAUGAUAAAUAACAAUGUAAUUGUGAGAAAGCCAGAGAGCAUACAAACCCUGUAUGGAAAGGGUUAUUUUGGAAAAGGGGUGCUCUCAAGAAGCAGACCAGACUACAAUAUUUCAGACCCUGCUUUACUUGCCAAAUGGAAAGAUGCUAAUUCUCGGCACCUGCCUAUAAUAUCAGCAACAAAGUUUCAGCAUCAUGUAGAUUGGGCCAGAAGCCUCCUGCAAGCACAAGGGAUGCAGGACAAUUUAAUUGGGAAGAUGCUUGAAAAUUACAUAAAAUCAAUUGACUUGACUUGUAAUGAAACUGACUACGUUGAGAAGCCCAGAGGAACACAAAAUGGAGUAAAUCAUCCUGAAAUAUGCCGUCAAAAUAAGGAACAUUGUUUGGAAGGGGAUGCUCCUUGUGAUCCUUUAGCAGAUAUUGACUGUGAAGCUGUUGACAGGGAAGAUCUAGUAAAUACGCAUUGUCCAAGACAUCAUGAUUUCAUCAUUCACUGUGGGUGCCAUUAUAAAGAUAUUAUGAAAGAAACUCACCAAGAUGAUUCAAUUCAAGAUGACAAGUUUUCUACAGAACAUGAAUAUGUACUAGUGGUAGAAAAGACUCAAGGAUUGAAUAGUGAGGUGACAGAAAGGUUGGUCUGCAAGAGGAACCCCUUCAAGGUUAUUGAGUAUCUUCAGCUCAGUCUGGAAGAGGCUUUUUUCCUUGUUUAUGCCUUGGGAUGUUUAACUAUUUAUCGCAAUGAGGAGCCUCUGACUAUUGUAAAAUUAUGGGAAGUAUUUAGUGCAAUUCAGCCCGGCUUCAAGACUAAUUACAUGGGCUAUCAUUACUUUCGAAGCAAAGGCUGGGUGCCAAAAACUGGAUUGAAGUAUGGGACAGACCUUUUGUUGUAUCGAAAAGGACCUCCAUUUUAUCAUGCAAGUUAUUCAGUAGUGGUUGAAAUGGUUGAUGACAGUUGUCAGGGCUCUCAACGCCGGCCUUUUACCUGGAGGUCACUUGCUGGGUUGGUUCGAACAACUACAAAUGUCUCCAAGGAACUUCUGUUAUGCUACUUGAUUAAGCCAUCAAAUAUGACUGAGGAAGAAAUGACAACACCAGAUUGUAUGAAGAAAAUUAAAGUUCAGGAAUUGAUUGUAAAUCGUUGGAUUUCUUCCCGAGAACGCACUGAUCAGGAGGAGUUGUAGCUUUUCAAUUGCAUGUUGGGAUCAAAUAAAUUUAUUUGGAACCAUGGCAAGAGCAAUUUAAAAAAAAAAGCAAUAAAAUUUGGAACAAGACUUUUUUUUUAAAACUGUGAUUUCAUUUGUAAAUGCUAUGCAACUUCGCUAUCCAGGAUACCAAGAAUAUGGUGGUACCAGACUAGUAGAUCUUUUGGAUUACUCAGACUCUUAUUAUCCCAAUGCAUAUAAUUUAUUUAUGCAUGCUACAUAAUUAAUAUAUUUUCCAUUGAACCCAGCGAGCUUAAAGGGAGCAAGAAGUUGAACGCCAGUAGAGUUUAGUUUGUUCUCGACCUUAAUCUUGCUUCAACCAGAUAUCCAGGCACUGCAGUUGGCAGCCUUGCAAUAUGUGAUUAGUGUGUCCAUGGAUUGCAAGAAUUUUGUGCAUUAAUAAGUGACCCGGCUGGUGGCAUAGUGGCAUCAGCACUGGACUGCGGGGCGGAGGUUCUGGAGUUCAAACCCAGCCGGCUCCCUCCGGCACGCUUUCCAUCCAUGUGGGGUUAAGAGCUGGUGAUCUCUUUGGGGGGAAAGAAAACUCACCCGGCAGAAGGCAAUGGCAAACCACUGCUGUAACUUGCCUCGUACGCGAAUUCCAACUACGUCAGAACGGCAAGGGAGGAAAUUGUCUGCUACCCAGAAAAAUUCCUGAUGCGACCUAUGUUAUUAUUAAGUGAGCUGUAAGACAAAUGGUCACACAACAGAUUAAGUAUUAUUAAACUUGCAAUAUUUCAUUUGUAAUGUAAAAAUAUGCUAACUUAAAAGAUGUGUUGAAAACUUUUUUAAAAUCAGAAUAUGAAUUAAAGUAAAACGUAAGUGCGAAGUUCAAUGAAAGAUUUGCAUUUGAAAUGUGACUUCACUUUCUAAAUACUGAUCACAUUAUUUCCACUACUGAUCUUUGCUAUUGUUAAUUCGUUGUACGUUUGAACAAGUCAAAUCUUGUUAAGUCUAGGGAAAUGAUUGAUUGAAACUAAUUCUUUCUGAGAAAUAAACAUAACAUAAAGCCACUGCAAAAGUCACCAAAUUAACUACACUGCAGUACUGUGACUUCAUUCACACCAGUACAUUACCUUAUAAUUGCAACUGUUAACUUAUACUCACAGAUUAGAGUUUAUACAUCAUAUUUAUUUUUCAUGAUUAAUCCCUUCGUUCCACACGGCCGCGCAGCCACAAUUACAGUGGUUUACUCUUUUUACUCGCACACUCAAUGGAAACUUCUUGAAAACUGAUCUGUCUGUCAUGAGCUAUGUGAAAGACGGCCCUUGUGAAUGAGGCAGGUCAAAUUCUGAUUUUUAAGUCUGUUAAAAUAUUUACAAAGCAAUUGGAAAAAUCCUAAUCUGAAAGACUGUUAUAUUAGUAUUAUUACUUAACCAGACUAAAAGAUCAUUUUGCUUCAGGUAUCCUUUUAGCAUCUAGUCUUAAAUUACACAAGAACUGGUAGGUUUGUCAUACUAAGGACAUAGAAUAAUUAUUUACAAAAUUGAAAUAAGACAAUUCUUUACAUAAGGAUGAAUAAAUUUAACAAUUGUUAAAUUCCUCUGUGUAAAGGAUAUUUUCUAAUGAACAUUGGAGUUGUGAUUAAAACAAAGAUCUAUCGACUGGCAAUAGGGGGUUUUUUUGUCUUUAGAAAUGAAUGUUACUCAUUCUUGCAAAUUGGAUUGCUAUAAUUGAUUGCUGCAAUAUUUUAGUUAUUUGUCAAAUGGAGAUGUAUUUCUCCAAAACCCAGGAAAUCAUUCACUCAAAUUACUGAAGAAUAAUGGUUUAUUUUAAUCGUGGACUUGUUUUUGAAUUUCACAGGUGACCAUCUUCAGCAGUUCAUUUCUUUAGGGGUCCCCUCAUUUGUUCCACAUGAGUUUUCCAAUGCUGCUUCCCAAAUUUAUGGCUGUGUGCCUCAGAGUAAAAUGAAGAUAUGAUUUUAUGUAUAUGGCCUUUCUAUCUAAAUCCCUGAGACCACUGGACUCCCAGAUUGCUUGUAUCAUAUGGUGAAUGUUCUGUUUCUUUCUGUAAAUCAUGAUCAAAACUACCACGUUUGGAUUAGAAGAAAACACAACAUUCACAGCGAAUCAGCCACUCAUUCAUAAGGGAUGCAUCCUUUAGUUGGCUGAGAAAGAUGCUACACUAUUAACAAUACAAGUCUGAUGCCAGAGCACUGUAGAUUGUAUCUGAUACACUGCGAUCAAUUAUUUUAUAAUGGUAGGAUAAAUCUUAGAAGUGGAAGUGCGCAUCAAUCACUUUAAUGUUGGUAAUUGGGAACUUCUGAAACCUUACUCUGUGAGAAAUUUAAUUGACUGUUGCUCAAGCAUGGACUAAUCAUUAAAAAUCUAUUCAUGCAAGUAUGUUUCAGUAAUCUUGACAAUUCUUGAAGUACAGAAGGUAAUUGAAAGCAGUGCAAGGCAAGCACAUAGGAUCCUGGGAUGAAAAAGCAGGCCCUUCUAGAUUUCGACCAUAAGACAUAGCAGAAUUAGGCCACUCGGCUCACUCUGUGCUCUGCCACUCGAUCAUGGCUGGUUUCCUUUUCCCCCCAGCCCCAUUCUCCUGCCUUGAUAACUUUUGAUGCCCUUACUAAUCAACCUUUGCUGUAAUUAUACCAAACAACUUGGCCUUUGAGGCAAUGAAUUCCACAGAUCCAACAUUCUCUGGCUAAUGAAAUUCCUCCUCAUCUCUGUUCUGAAGGAGCAU